GGCGGACAAGUAUAGACUGAACGCAGAUUGUUUAUGUGGAUACCGCUGUGUCAAAAAAAUAAUUUGAAUUUAUUAGAACCAGAUAAUAUGAAUAUAAUGUUGGAUUUUUAUGUAAUAUUUUAAUAUGUCAAAAAACUUCUCAAAAGCAACUAAACCGUUAAAAAAUACAGGUAAUAAACAAUAAAUAGUAAUUUAAGAGUAAGAAUGUGGCUGUUUUAAACCGACACCGACUGUUGUGUUCGUGCAUGUUUUUAUUUUAAAAACAAGUUGUUAUUAGGCUUACAAAAUUACUGAUAUGUCAUUUUACCACAUUAUAUAUAAUAUGAAUAUGGGUAGUUAUUAAUUUUAAUUCUAAGAGUAAUUAGGAACAAUUUUUGUGUAGCCUAAUUUACUAAUUAUUGAGCCUAAUUAAUAUUGUCAAGAGCAGGUAAGUGGUAAAUCUGGUAAAUGAAUCAAUUAAAAUUGAAAAAGCCAAAAAAUCGCAAAUGAAAAAUUAGUCAAGACCAUCAAUUUUAAAAUUAAAUGGAAUUAACUGAUUAAUCAUAAGGCAUAGCAGUAUGUGGUAUUGACAAUAAUGCUCACAAACUUUUAUUUAACUUCAACUGUUAACUAAUAAUUCAGGGCUAAAAUUAAAAUGCAGUUAGCGUCAGGGCAGGCGAUGUCUUCCAUGGUAUAUCAAAUGGAACAAAGCAUGGUCAUGGUAUCACAUACACAAUUUAGUCUGAGUAAAUUAAAGAAAACAGUGGGUCAAAAUCCACAGACAAACACUCACUUUAUUAUUGGAAUUGGUGUUAUUGUUAUAAGAAAAGUUAUGGAUUCAAAUUAUCUCAAUCUCAGGACAAGCAAACCAUUUUUGUUAUUGGUGCUAAUGAGAAAUGCAAAUUUGGAUUCAAUAAAUCCCCAGGACUAGCCCACAUCAGUAUGGAGAAAUUAAUCUCUUAUUUAAGUGUAUGGCUCAUUCUAAAACAGUACACAAAAAAAGACGAUACCAAAUGAUAAAUACAAUAACAAAGAAUACGAUACUCAAACCAGGACUAAUUACAAUUAAUAAAUUUUAUUAUGCUAAUUGUAAAUUACAAAAUCAAAAAGAAAUAUAAUUAAAGCUAUUGACUUACAGUAUGAUGAUUGGCUUUUACCGGUACAAUGUCGAAGAAGAUACAAUGUUGUAAAAAAUGUACAAUAAUGAAAAAGAAUCUACUCACACACACAUAGUAAGCAAAACAAUAGCACUUGCUCAAAAUAGCUAUGGUCUCUUCUGAUCUGCCGUCUGGUAUUCUGUCAUUCAAUCUCUCUGCUUUAUGUAGCCUGUUUCAUAGAUUUUUUGAGAAACCGGACUGCAAAGUUCUAAGAAUAAACAGACCAUAUAUUGUAGUUAAUUGUAACCAAGGUCAAAGGGAGACUAUAUUUAGUAAGCCAUACCCACUAAUAGCGCAAUGCUGCUGAAUUGGGGGUCAGCUUAAGUUCAUUCACCAGAAACAAAUGAAUGAAACUAAACGGGGCGUAUAACAAACUGGAUCAACUUACAGCAAGUGAAAAAAGGUACACUCCUCAAAAUACAAUUAUUAAUUUACACUCAUGUUAAAGAAAUGUUUCAUAUAGCAAAAAUCUCUCUCUCUAUCUGUCUGUCUAAGUCUCUAAGACUCACUGCUAAGAAAUCAUGCAGCCUAAAUAUAUAAAUAUAUUUAAAUAUAUAUUUAUGUAUAAUAAUAUAUUUAAAUAUACAUAUAUAAACAAACUCAAAAUGUUAUAGUACAGAAAUUCUAGGAAUUGUGUCACCUAAUGGCAUUCUUUAUAAAAUCAGAAUGCAUUAAUUUGAAAUGAUUUCUUCUUCUUCUUUCGCCUCUUCGUCCUCGAGGAAGAGGAACAGCAGCCGAUCUUCAUUGACGUCUGUGAUCCUUCCUAGGACAUAAGCCACCUACAAGAGUACUCCAGGCAUCACGAUCCUGAGCCGAUCUCUCCAGAUUCCCUCAUGGCCAAGUUUCUUGGUAUCUGCUUCCGCUUCACGGCAUCAAGUGUUUCUUGGCCUGCCUCUUUUCCGUUUUCCCUGAUGGUUCCAGUUCAGGGCUUGUCUAGUUAUGCUAGAGGCAGAUUACCUGAGUGUAUGGCCAAUCCAUCUCCAUCUUCUCUGGAGGAUCUCUUGUUCUACCGGUUUCUGCUUUGUCCGCUACCACAGUUUCUGGUUGCUGAUUCUGUCAGGCUAGUGAAUCCAGAGAAUUCUCCUUAGGCAGUUAUUGAUGAAGGACUGGAUUCUCAUCAUAUUCACAGCAGUGGUUCUUCUUCUUCUUUAUAUUAAGGGCCCACGAUCAAUUUAUUGAUUAUUUUGGCUCCUAUGCAUGCAGAGGGGAUUUGCAAUGUUUCUGUGCCUGGUGCUGAUGAGGAUAUUUCAAUGAUUACAAGUGCUACUCUGUGAAGGAAUCAUGCAAUGGGGGUUGGAAGGCUUGAGGCAAUAGACGCAAAUGUGUCUAGUGUUGUCGCCUCAACUGUUUCUUUUGAAAGCUUGUUCUCCAUGUCUCUGCGCCAUAUAGUAAAACAGGUUUCACCAUGGUGUUGAAGGUUCUGAUCUUUAGGUUGUUACUCAAGUGUUUGGGGACCCAGACAUUCUUGAGUUGUUGGAAGGCUGCCUGUGCCUUUCCAACCCUUAUUUUGACAUCAGCAUCCGUCCCACCUUGCUUGUCCACGGUGCUGCCAAGAUAGACAAAGUUCUUCACCCCUUCACGUGCUUUCUCUUCGAGCCUGUUGGGUGCUGUAUUGGUGGCAUUAACCUUGAGGACCUUAUUCCUCCCUUUGUGUAUAUUGAGACCAAUACAUGCAGAAGUGGCUGCAAUAGUUCUGGCUUUCUCCUGCAUCUGUUGUUGGGUAUGGAAGAGAAGGGCAAGAUCAUCAGCAAAGUCAAGGUCGUCAAGCUGGUCCCACAAGGUCCAUUGUAUACCAUUCCCCUUCUGCUGUGUGGAUGUUUUCAUCACCUAGUCAUGGCCAAUAGAAACAGGAAAGGUGAAAGCAAACAUCCUUGCCUCACACCGGUCUUCACCUGGAAAGCAUCUGUCACCUGUUGUCCAUGGACCACUCGGCAGGUCAUCCCUUCAUAGGAGUUCCUGAUUAAGUCAGUGAUUUUCCGCAUCACCCCAUAAUGUCUCAACAGCCUCCAGAGGGUUUGCCUAUCCACACUGUCAAAGGGUUUGUCAUAGUCAACAAAAUUUAUGUAGAGAGGAGAGUUCCAUUCCAGUGAUUGCUCUAGGAUAAUGCGCAGUGUUGCAAUUUGGUCAUUUAAUGUUUAAAUAUCUUUUAAAAUGCAUUCUAUUGUAUAAAAUGUAGGCUUAUAUACUUUUACAAAAAUUAAUUUACUCUUGAAAACACAGAUAAACAGUGGAUCAGUGAUGAUGUUAAAGUGAACACAGGUCUACCACCUCAAGUUGAUGGUCAGAUUCGAUGCUUCUGUAAGCUUACCAUCUCACAGGUGGUUUGGACUGUACCAAGACCCCCUGAUUUGGCACUUGUCCGAGUCAAGUGGUGGGGGGAGGAGGGGGAUGGUGCUUUCUUUCGGUAAGAUUUGAUGUAAACACCAUCUGCAUUUUUCCGAUGUAAAGAAUAUAAUUUUGAAAAAAAAUUUCAAAGACAUGCUUCUGUAUUUGAACAAUUUAUUACAAUAUAUCAAAUCGAAAUGUUUUUUGCAAUUCAUAAUUAUUUUACUUUAAUUCUGUAUACAAACUCUCCUGCAUCAUUUAUGGACUUUUUUUAACUCUUUAGACCCGUGGAUGCUAAGAAAGGAAACAAAUUAGAAUGCAGAACAACGGCAAGAUAUCCUGUUCGGUCAGGACCAUGUCAGUUUGCAACAUAUCUCACAGACAUGGACAAGCUUACUCUGGACUUGAUGACAUCACCAAAAUCAGAAGUCAUUGGUCAAGCAAAUAUUACUCAAGUUGGGCAGUUAACAAAUACACGACCAGUAAAUGGGUAUGUUUUAAAAGUGUUAAUGUAAGCAUCAUCUUUCGGUUUUAAGCAUCAGCUAUUUUCAGUUCAAUGUGUUUCAGAUUGAAUUGCACUUUUAAAACUGAGGGUUGAAAUAAAAAGACACGAUCAGCAGAAUUUUUUUUUUUUUUAAAUCUGCCAAUUGUGAUGAGUGUGAACUGGAAUUGAAUGAGUGAUGAGUGUGAACUGGAAUUGAAUGAGUGAUGAGUGUGAACUGGAAUUGAAUGAGUGAUGAGUGUGAACUGGAAUUGAAUGAGUGAUGAGUGUGAACUGGAAUUGAAUGAGUGAUGAGUGUGAACUGGAAUUGAAUGAGUGAUGAGUGUGAACUGGAAUUGAAUGAGUGAUGAGUGUGAACUGGAAUUGAAUGAGUGAUGAGUGUGAACUGGAAUUGAAUGAGUAAUAUUUAUACUAAUUUAAAGCUAGUAAAAAAAGUGACAUCAGUAGCCCAAUAAUAUUUUUGUUUGUUUGUUUAUCUUUUGGCCAAAACUCAUCCAAUCUUGUAUCUUUCCAUAUAUAUAGUAUUUUUCCUGUGAUAUCAGCAACUGGUCAAAAAUUGGCAAACCUACACGUUUCUUUGGUGCUGGAACCACUUUUAGGUAAAAAAUCAUUAUUCAGAAUUCAGAAUUGAGCUUAUGAAAAAAAUCUAAUCCGAAUUGUCAUUUCCCACUGGCAUUAUAUGAAGUUAUUGCCCAAUUAAAUAUUAAUUAUUAUGAUGUGAUUUUAAAACAAAAUGAUUUCAAAAGAAAGCUAUCUCAAUUUUAAAUAUAUUUUUAAACAUAUAUUUGUAGAUAUAUAUAUAUAUCUAUCUAUGUUUUGUUUGUUUCAAAAUGAAUAAAAUCUGUAUCUUUCAACUUUCUGCAGCAUCAUAUGACAACAUGGGUUCCAUUCCAACCACAGAUAUUGGUACAGAUAACUUUUACAGGGGAAAUGAUUCUAUGGUCAUUCCAGAAAUCAAUCAUCCAAUGCCUUAUUCUGAUAUGCCAACUAGACCUAUGAACACAGUGUUCAAAUCACCAACAUCCGUGAGUCCUUAUCUUAUCAUUAAGUUAACUCUUGUGAGGAUACUAGUAAAGUUAACAAAUUACAGUGCAAUAUUGAAGGUUAGAGACCGCUGGUACCUGUCAGGUGUAAGCUCUGAGGUAAUUGGGUGUUUUGGAUCAGAACGGUAAAAAAUGGGACUUCAGCUAUUUCUUAAUUCUUAAGAAGGUUUUUUUUUUUUUUUUAGUAAUUUUGGUACAGGAACCACAAAAGAAGUCUUAAGAUGGUGCAUACAGCCCUCAUGGAUAGUUAGCCUGGUCUCUUAUGGAGCGACCCCAAAUGAUAAUAAUAUGGAAUUCAGUCCUUUUUUUAAAUUUGAUUCUUCAUCAUGAAAUUGUGUAUACAAAUAUUUGAGACCUCUGUCGUACAUAAUUUCUCAUUGAAUUGUUGGAGUAUUGCCCAUCCCUGUCCAUAGCCAUUUACUCCGGCUUAUUCAAUCUUUUCCAGCUGUUCACCUCUCAACAAACCUUCCCCUAUUGCAAACGAGCUGUAAGGCAAAAAUAUGCCUUAUUUAUGAUUUUGAAACUAUAAAGAUGUAUAUGCAAUUCUUUGAAAUUAAGCAAUAUCUAAUUAAACUUUAUUCAUUAUGUGAAUUAAAUACUAAUUCUGUAUUGGUAAAGUUUUAAAAAAUUUAUACAUUUAAUAAAAACUUACAUUUUGAUUUAAUUUUCACAGGAAAAGAGUAAUUUACGAAAUAUCCAAGGUUCACUGUCAAAGACUUAUGCUAAAAGGGAUCACCAUCAAAACCCUAGUUAUGGUGUUAACAAUUCCAAGUCUGCACCCCAACAAGGCAGUGGGACAGUUGCAAUUACAACCAAUGGAGAUAUUAUAAGCUUACCAAAUAGCAGAACAACUCUUGCGAAUGGCAGAUAUUCUUAUCAAUCAAAUGACAUCCAGAGCAAGCCAACACACGGAGGCAAGGGAUAAAUACUGUACACUAAAGACAUAAACAAAAAAAGGGGAACAGUAAAAAUAGAAUAGGCUACGUUUUAUUAUGAUUUCCUAAGCUAUUAACUAUUGAACUUAAACUAGUUGUAUCAAUUUUUAUCUUCAUUUUCCUCUAUAUCAUGACAUUAAACACAAUUUACCUUGCAUUUAGUAAGCCCAGGCAAACCCGAGGGAAGAGAUCUUUUGUCAGUAUUGGUUGACAAAGGUACAAAGCUGAGGGAGGCCAUGAUUGUUUCAUCUAUGCACACAGAUCUCAAGUCAGGACCUGAGAUUUUACCCAACCAUUCUAACAGGUGGCUCAUUGUGUGAUUCUAAGAUGGUCUUACUUUAUACUUUACAUGUUCAACAAAUGUACACCCAGUGUGCUGAGAUUUUACCCAACCAUUCUAACAGGUGGCUGACUGUGUGAUUCUAAGAUGGUCUUACUUUAUACUUUACAUGUUAAACAAAUGUACACACAGUGUGCUGAGAUAUUAAUUUAUUGUACAAGAUGGGCAGAAAAGAAAGGUCUUUUCAGUAGCAUUUAUAAGAAUUUAGUAACCCAUGCUAUGCAAAUCUGACAAUCAGACUGUUCCAAUUGUUUUAGCUCUUUUUAACAAGGUCAACUUUGUUUUUAAAUAAUUAUUUUUUAAGGGAUAAAACACUGGGCAAAAAAACUAAACACACUAACAGUGUAGCUAUUUGAACACAUCUAUCAGCAGUCAUGUACCCAAAGGUGGCAGUGAUGGAGCUGUCUUGCUGACUGAUGAUUAUGGAAGAGGACCAAAUUCAACACUGGAUCUUCUGAUGACCUCUCCUAUAAGAAACCAGGAUUUUCAGGUCAGAAAAUGCUUCAUGGACGUUUUUUAGAAAAAAUGAUGUCGUUGAAAAUAAUCAUUUAGAUUUAAACAUCUUGAUGGGAUUCAUGUCAAAAGAUUUUGAUUAACAUUUGUUAUUUGAAUAUGGGUUAAUACUACCAGACCUGUUUACUCUUACGAUAUGGCGUACAAUGUGCGAUUUUACGAUGUAUAAAUUAUAUAUACUUUAUGUUUAUUUUUUAGUAUUAAGAUAAUGUUUUGAAUGAUUUUGUGAUGAUAUUGUACGAUUUUAAGAGUUAGAGUGUAAACAGGUCUAUAAUACUUACGGUAGCAAACAUUCUUUUUAUUUGAUAAGUUUAUUAGAUACAAAUACUUAUUUUAAUGGUGAUGACGGUACAACAUUAUUGAACUUGAUGUUGUUUAUAUGACUUCACAAAUAACUUAUAUUAAAUUAUAUUAUCUUGUUCUUUUUUGUCGCCACCACAGCUGUAUAACAUGAUGAAUGGCCUGAGCCCAGGAACCAGCAUGUCGUCGGACAUGGGCUAUGACCAGUUGAUGAGUGAGCCUGAGGACCCUCUGCAUGAGAAUUCUAUCUUACAAGACCUAUUUUAUUACAAUUCUGUAAGUGUUCAUUCACAGUGAAUUCCAUCGCAACUGGCGUAACUUUCAGCGAAAUAUUUUCAAUUUCCAUCCAGCAUAAAUGAAAACUGCAAUUAAGUUUGCUUCAUUUAAUUAUACAUUUUUUUGGGUCAUAUCAUUUAUAAAUAAAUAUAUUAAGCAGAUUGGUAACAACACAAUUAUUUUUUUGGAAUUGUAGCUGACGUAAGAUGAAAAAGAUAUGAUAUUUGAGACAGCAUUUUUUUGUUGAUUUCCUUUGUAAUCUGCUUUUAUUGAAUUAUUUUUUUUCAAACUAAUUAUCUACACUGGUUACUUUUCUAAGGAAGAAAUUUUAAAAACUACUUAGAAAGCACAUUUAAAAAACUAUACAGACAAAAUCAUGUACCUGAUGUAACAUAACUUUAUAACUGACGUAAUGGAUCUGAAUGCAAGCAAUGAAAAAAUUGGAAAAAACAAUGUCAAUUCUUUUAUAGAAUUACAAACACUUUCCUGUCGCAGUAAUAAUGUACUUAAACAUAAAUAACAGUGUUUUAAUGCUGGUCUGUCAUGUGGCAUCGAUCAUGACAGUGAAAUUUUCUGUCUAUAUUUAUUAGAUAUAAACACACAUUUAAAAAAAAAAAAUUCUAAUAAAAUGUGCAGACAACAUGUUCUUAAUUUUAAGAUGGCCACUGUGUCAUGUGACACAAAACAAAGGUACUAACAAUGACCCCAUACCAAGAUGCAAGAAACAAAUUUACAUAGCAACACAUUGUAUACGAUUUAAUUUUGGAUGUUGCGUCCAUAUGGAAAUCACCUAAUGUUAAAAUGUAUUUAGAACAAUUAUAAGUUUAUAUAAAUCUCUCUCAUUCAGAGGCAUUAAUCACCUGCUUCAACAAAAUCUUUUAAAUUUUUAUAUAUUUUUCAUGUUUGCAUAUUUGAAAUACACUAUGUUAAAAUAGUAACCCAUUGUCACCAAGGUUGACUUGUCAAUAGAGUUUUUGAGCAUUUGUUCAAGGACCAGCUGAUCACUGAAAGACUAGUGUUUAACUGGCUUCUAUGCUUGUUGGGGCCGAUUCUCCACACAUUUCCUUGUAACACAUGGUGAGGGCAAGAUGUGUUCUGUAACAGGACAAUGCAAGGGUCUGACAUCUAGUCUGGUGUUUGAUGGCCUACCACAAGUUCACUCCAGGGUAUUCCUCAGGGGCACUCACAUGUGCCGGGUAUGCACAUUAGAUAUACAUUUUUUAAACAUCCAUUAAAAAAAUAUUGCUGAGAUGAUGUAACGAAACAAGACAUCUUCUCAUCCUGAAGGAUAAUGAGGGCUUGGGAUUCAGUGAUGUUAGUGGCUUUGAGCAUCACUCACCUCAACACAAGCCACAUUAUGACAACUCAUUGCUGCCACCCAGACUUCUUGGGGGGAGUGGAGGAUUUACCAGGAGACACUCUUUAGAAGAACCAGGGAACCAGGUGGGAAUGUUAAGUUUUAACACCAUUUGCAGAUUUUAAAUUGACAGUCGUAACAUGUUUUUAAAAAAAACAAAAAAAAAUAACAGAACCACUUAGAGACCAAAGCAUGUGACAUCAGAAAAAAUACUUUUAAACAGUUGACCAAAUGUUACAUAUUAGAUUUUGUUAAUUAUAAAAUUAUUCAACAAUUUUCAUAUCCCAAUUUUCAGUCUAACACCCAGGGUUUUAUCUUUAAAUUUAAAAAUAAAAUGUCUACGAUUUUAUUUGCAUUGAAUCUUCAGAGACCUCCUUCAAGGGCGUCAUCCCUCACUAGUUUAAACACAGCAGGGCGAGAGGAGGAGGGAACUCUUAGACAGAAAAAAACUAAACGAAAAGCAAGAUCACGUUCAAGAUCAGGAUCCAGAUCACGAUCACGCUCAAAUUCACUGACGAGGACAAGAGCAGACCCAGCUGGCAAAGCAACCACUAAAUCAUUCAAAUCUAACUCAAAAGAAAAUGCACCAAUCCCUUCCAUUGUUGCCAAACCAUUGAAAACGAAAAAGAAAUUGCGAUCCCGUUCCAGAUCUGGGUCAAGAUCUCGGUCACGAAAGAGACAGUCCAGCGUGGAUGAGGUCAGUGACAGUGAUAUGACGAGUGCAGGGCAGUCAGAAAUCUCGAGAGUUUCAUUUGAUCCAGUUCCGUCAGAUUUAAGGAAUCCAAAGCAAGGUAUUAAAAAAAACAAAGGGUAGAAUACAACAAAGAAUUCACACUGUUAUAAAGAUAUACUUUGUUGUGUAUACAUUUUCUAGGUCAGUAGUUUGCAAUCAUUGAAUCUAAUAGCCUAAAAUUUAUUGGUUAAAAAAAAAUUCCAUGAGCGAAAGAUACAAAUUCAAAAUCUAUUUUUUAUUCUGACAGAGGGUCUAAGCGUUGAACGGCUGACACUGCUUGGACGUGUCCACGUGGCCAGAGUGACAAUUGACAAUCUACACCUGCUAAAACCUGAUUCUCUGGACACAUCAGAUUCAAAGAUGUCAGUCAGUAAACUUAAAACAGGGAGACCACCCAUACCUCUCAAGUCGAAGAAGGCCAAGUACGAACAUUUUUUGAUGAUGUUCCAUUUAUUUUGAAAUUAAUUUUAGAAUUAGGAUCCAUUCAAUGAUUUCACCAAAGUAAAUAUCAGAUAUUAAAUUUAUUUUUAGACCGUAAAUACAUAUGCAUUGCAUCAUAUUUUGUUCUCAAAUAUAAUGGCUGUUUUGAAAAAGGAUUACAUUUUUAAAUAACCAUUUUUCAUUUUCAGUACCUAUUUUGUGGAGUAUCAAUUUCCAGUUGUUGCCAAUUCUAGAGAUAAAUAUACUCCAAAUGCCAUGGCAACAGAGAUUACAAGAGUUGCUUCAAAGAAUGUGAAAAAUGGAGGUAUAUUAAUCAUAAGGAUUUUAAUGUGAAUAAUAUUGGGAUCACUCUAAAUGCAGUUGGCAUGUGCUAGUUUGCAGUUUGUCUUGAUCAAUUAGAUUACAGUUAAAAUAUUGGACAAAUUUGAUGAAAUCUUAAAUAAUUGAUUAUACUAUUGAUAUAGAGAGGACUAGAUUCAAGUACUUUAACCAUAGGAAUGAAAUACCGGUAGUUUUGACUGGUAUUACAUCCUAUUCCAAUCAAAUCUUUAUCUAAAAAAUUUAUCAACUUUUUUAAAGUUGCAGAAAUUGAAACAAUUUAAUUUUUAUCUUAGCUGUGCUCUUCAACCACCGAUCUGUGUUUCCUAUCAUGUUUGAUGGAGCUGCUGUUGAGAGAUGGUGGAAGUCUGCUCUGGUGUUCAGGUUGUACAGCAAAGAGGCUGGGGAGCACACCGUAAGUUGUCAUCUUCUUCACAGAGUGAUAGAAGAGAGAGAUGCAGCUGUCAUCUUCUACAUGGUCACAGAGUGAUAGAAGAGAAAGAUGCAGUUGUCAUCUUCUACACAGUCACAGAGUGAUAGAAGAGAGAGAUGCAGUUGUCAUCUUCUACACAGUCACAGAGUGAUAGAAGAGAGAUGCAGUUGUCAUCUUCUACACAGUCACAGAGUGAUAGAAGAGAGAGAUGCAGUUGUCAUCUUCUACACAGUCACAGAGUGAUAGAAGAGAGAUGCAGUUGUCAUUAAAUAUAUUUCAGUUUGUUCAGAAUUUUAGUUCCAAAAAGCUCUGCUAACUCUGGAUUUUUAAAAAAAAAGAAAGAUCUCGUUCUGUAUUGGUGUGGCCAAUAUAUUCAAGUUAAAUUGACCCUAUUUUCUUUGAUGUCAUUGAAAUAGGUGUAACUGGUGGCAGGAUAAGUUUCUGUCGGUGAAAUGUCCCACCUGGAUUAAAUGUUCAGUAUAUCAUUGCGUAUUACAGUAUUGCUCAACCGAUUAGCACGAUUUGUGAUUCUCAACCGGUUAGCAUGAUUGGUGUUUUUCUCAACCGGUUAGCAUGAUUGGUGUUUCUUGGAUCUAUUGAUAGAAGCUUCAAUGUUUUUUUUAUUUCACAAUUAAACAGACAUAAUUCUUUAAGGAUUGUGGGCUUGAUUAAUAAACCUAUUAUCCAAAUUAUAUGAACAUAUUUUGGCUAAAAAGCCCGACUUAAAUAACAAUUUUUCAUAAAAUGAUGCCAAAAGUAUUUAGGCUUGGUAAAUAAAUCAGAAAGAUUUUAAGAUAUAGAAUGAAAGAAUAAUCAAAGGCUUCAUCACUGAAAGCAAUGAUCCAGGUUUCUCUCCAAAUUAGUUGAGAAUGCUUCAAUUAUGGAUAAGGCUAAGCCUGGAAUUAAAUCAAUUAUUUAUCAUUGUAGAAAAAAAAAAUGCAAAAAAAAAAGAUAAUCAUGACAUUUUCUAUUAGCAAAUUUUUUUGUCUAAUUUUCCCCAGCCAAUAUUAAUUGGAAGUGGUGGCAUCUCACUCAAGUCUAUUCUACGCUCUGAGAACUUGUUUGUCCAACGAGAUAUAGAGAUUCCAGAUACAAGUAAAAAUGGCCUGUUGAACACCUCAAGAGCUUCCUCUAUGAACAGUUCUCUGAACAAUAGAAACAUUUCUCAUCUAUUUGGACAUCUGAAGGUAAUAAUACUCUUGUCAAGGUCUUAAUCUUCAAUAUAAACAGUGUUAUGUUAUAAUCCAUGCAGGGAUUAGCCAAAUUAAAAAAAUGUGUAUAAUUAAAGACUUUCUUUGGAACUUUGUUGAAAGUGACCUCGAGGAGAGGAUAAUUGUAUAUGUGUGAAGAAAAUAAACAUGUACUUGUCAGCAUAAAGCCCUCAUCAGCUGACAAAGUGUUACAAUAAAAGAAAAGCUUUGCCAUUUCCUACGUAAAAGUUUGCCACAGCCUGUGCUAGCUGAGAAAUGAAAGAGAGCAGAGAUAACUCAAAAUGGUGUAUAAAGUAAAUGUCAUUCGAUUGAUUGGAGCAGAAAAAUGGGAGUCGCUUAGUCACUUCCUUGUUUGGUCACGUGAUGAGAGUAAGCCAUCACUAGGCUGCUACACACAACAAAAGAUACUUCAUCAGUGCUUCCCCAAUGUCAUGUUUCUUAUGGCCAAUCAUGGCCUCUGAAAUUUUACCUUUCAAAAUAUUCUGGAAUACACGCGUUUUUCAAAUGAAAUACAUAAAUGUGACAAUAAAUAUACGUCAGUUAUGAUUAAGGAAGAAAGUUUUUUCAAGAAAAAUUUGUGAGCGAUAUCCCAUGGGAACUAUCAAUACUAUUAUCGGCAGGCUGUUGUUGAGCUCCGUGCAUGCCCAUGACAUCAUUUUCGUGUUUAUUCAAUAUUUGUACAGGAGUCAUUCCCCUUUGUUUAUUUUAUUGUUAAUUUUCAUUGGACGAAAUGUCGGCAUACCCAUGACGUCAUUUGAGGGUUUAUUCAAUAUUGGUGCGGCGAAGGAAUAUUUAAAAAACCGGUUGGAACAAGAUUUCAUGUGAAAUAUUAACGAAGGUCCACUUUGUUAAGGCAUUGUCUUAAAUUUUCUUUAUUCUUAAGCGGAAACUUAUGCAGACUUAUACCGCUGUCCUUAACUUGACUGUUUGAACAGCCAAAAGCCGAACAUUGCCUAGGCAUCUUGAAUUACUAGUUGUAGUGUGUAACGGGCUACUGUUGUCAAGCACUAGUGUGUUGUAUACAGCCUACCGGAAGUCUUACUCGUUUUUACUCUCAUCACAUGACAAAUCAAUCGACUAAGCGACUCCCAUAAAAGGGGACAGGAAGUGGGCUUGAGGCUUGGAUGCUGAAAUGGAGGGUAAAAAAAUAUACAUGUACGAAAGAAUUGAUGCAGUUCAUGGUAUAAUGUACCCAUGCAGUGCAUAAAAGACUUAGUCUUUCAUUAAGUAAAAAAUAAUGCCAUUUUAAAAUAAAUUGCGUGCCCUGGGUUGCCAGGUGUCGGUGGAGCUGGCCUCUGAUCACAAAGAAUUCGCCACCGUCAUGGCUAGGACAAAGUUGGCUGAGAUGAGUGGCAAUGUGAAGAUUGUCCCAAUAGGUGGAAUCAACCCAGAGCAGGCCAGGCUGGUGAAACAGCUGCACAGAAACAAAGAUCAACCUUUGGUCAAGUCACAGACCAAACAAAUAGGUUUGUAAAAUGUCUUGAAAUGUAUUUAUUGGUAAUUUGAUGUCUUUUUUUUUUGAUAUCCAGUGUAACAACAUUGAUCAAUUUUUUAGUUUUAGCUAAGUUUUCUAGUAAGGCUAAACUUAAUGUAUUUGCAACUUUAAUGAAAGUUGUUAUAAAAUAGAUCUUUACAAGAAAACCAUUAUAAAUAAUUAAAAUUGUUUUAUUGUUGCUGCCACUUGACCAAAAUGUAGUGGGAUUGAAUUGUUACCUGGCCCCACACACUGUGGGUAAUAAUUUGGUGGCAUGGACUGGCUAGCCCAUUAUGGCAGCUAUGUACAAUUUUUUACGCUCUUGGUAAAGGCUUUUUGAUACACCUUAACCAUCAAAGUUGGCAAGUCAGCUGUCAAGCUUUUCUGUGGUUAAAAGUCAACCGUCUAUGCAGAAAUAAUUGCAGUUUUACCAAUUAAAUUAUAACUGCCAAAAGAAAAAAAAUAUAAUAAGAUCCAAAUAUUGAAGACAGUAAGCGAACGUUCACCUAAUUACAACAGACUAUUUGAUUAUGAACAGGGUCAUAAUGAUUUGAUUCAAUAUUUGAUUAUGAACAGGGUCAUGAUGAUUUGAUUCAACAUUUGAUUACAGAUUUCCCCAUGACAUCCUACCAGCCAGCUGGUGUCAGUGUCACCGGUCUCCCACCCCAGUCCCCACGCAGGAAAGUUUCAGCUGAGGAUGAGGGUGAUGAAAUCUCCAGACUGAAACAGCCGCUCAAGGCAACCAUUGCGGUGCUGGCCAAGACAAACCCUCAGCAGAGUCAUACAGGCGCUUCUCCCUUGGACUCGGGUGCCCAAGUAUUUGGGGGUCACCAACUGUCAGGGGUAUGUUGACCCAGACUUGACCUCACUGUCAUUUUAUCAUUAAAGCAUAUUGGUAGUGAUUUUUUAAAAUCUCUAACUUUUCAGUUUCAGUAAAGUUUUUUUAACAAAUAUAAUUCCAUUUUUAUUAUAGCUUUAGCCAAUAGAAUCUUUUGUCUCCUCAUUUAGGCUUUGACUCUCCACACACUGCUGUUUAUUCAAGAAGGUAGAAAGAUUUCCAUCACAGGUGUACCCCCACUUCACAUGGCCAACAAACAGCCUGGCUUGCUGAAAGCACAGCCAGAAGGUCAGUCAAUGUCUUAUAUUGGGCAGACAGGCUCAGGUACAAAAAUCACUAUAAAUAUUGCAUGCUGUUACUUAGUAUUGAAUAAUUAAGAUCUCAUCUCAACAGAUUCAAUAUUCUCCUCAGUGAGACAGAUUUUUAGUCAGCUUCUUUAGUGUCAGAAUAUGUUUUUCUAACUACAUCUUCAUAACAUAAAUUAAUGCAUAUCAAAACUUAAAAUGUUGUAACUUAUCUUGCUUCUAUGUGUAAACAAUAAAUUCUAUUCAUUUACAACAAAACAAUUGUUAUUUAUUUAAUAUUACUUUUUCUUUCGGUUAAAAACGGGGACGCCUGCCACUUUUUUUUAUCGAAUUUCACGAAUUUAUCCCUAAAUUGAUCCCUAUGCCUAACCUGAACCUUAAUUCACUGCAACUAUAAUAAAGACACAAAAGCCGCCGUGGCAGCCGUCCUCGGUUUUAGCCUUUCUUUCUAAAUUAAGCUAAUUUAAUUUCAUAUAAAAAGAUUUCAACUUGUCAGUCCAGUAUUGGAAUGUUGAUAUUGUAUAACUAAAUAUAAUAACAGAACAAGGUAUGUGGAAGCUUGAAAUAGAAUGACUGGACAAUAAUCUGUCUUUCUAUUGCAAGCUUCCGCAUACCUUGUUCUGCUACUUCAUUCACAUAACUUGAAGGUAGCCCUUCAUUUAUUAUCCUCUAACUAAAUGUGACAAGGUCUUUUUGCAGGUCAUUACUUUUUUGGUUCUCUUGAACCUAACUGGCAGCAUGUAAACUUAUUUCAUUUGCUUUUGUGUGUUUGAACAGGAAGGGAUUCUGUGGUUCGCAACACUUAUCUUGUUUGUAGGAUGUUCUGGUCUAAUGAAUCCGUCCACUCCAACGUCUGCUGGGGAACACUGGAUCCAGAAUUCAACUUUCUCCAGGUAUUCAACAGUUUAAAAAGAUGUUCUGACUAAAAAAAAAAAAUUUACUUUAAAAUAUCCCAUGCCUCUAAAAUUCUCAUAGUAUGUACUAGUAAAAUUGUUUAUGGCUUCAUAUCAGCAGUCUGAAUAGUUUUCAGUUUCAGAUCAUAACAGUGAAUGAAAUUUGUGUACUCUUAUGAGGAUUUUAUGUUGCACUUGAAGUAUCUAGAUUUGGUUUCUGCUUCUUUUCAUGGCAAAAAUACUGCACUUUUGACAGGUAGCUCCAGUGUUGAUGACAUCACAGCUCCUGGAGAGACUCAGAGACAACUACAUGAUCAUUGAGGUGUGGGACAAGAAAGUGGGAUCUGAGAAUGACAAGGUAACCAUUGCCAUUGAAUUCUUGAUCCUACCUGGUCAGGCUCAUUUUUAGCUUACAUAAAACUUGAAAAAGGUCUGAAAGUGUAACUCGUGCAUACAUUGUCCUCUCAUCACUUCAUUUUUUUUCAUCAGCUGAUCGGGAUGGUUAAAUUAAGUCUUCACCAGUUCUACUUGUCAUUCAGAGAAAGAAAGAUUGCUAAUGCUCUUCUCAAAUCUGAGGUAAGAUUUAACUAUUUAUAGGUUGUACUUUUUUUAUUUAAAAAAAACAACCUAAGUUCCAAAUGAGCCAAUCCCCCUAAGUUCCAAAUGAGCCAAUCCCCCUAAGUUCCAAAUGAGCCAAUCCCCCUAAGUUCCAAAUGAACCAAUCCUCCUAAGUUCCAAAUGAGCCAAUCCCCCUAAGUUCCAAAUGAGCCAAUCCCCCUAAGUUCCAAAUGAGCCAAUCCCCCUAAGUUCCAAAUGAGCCAAUCCCCCUUAGUUCCAAAUGAGCCAAUCCCCCUAAGUUCCAAAUGAGCCAAUCCAGCCAUGUUCUAUGGGCAUUGUGAUAUCAAUAUUGAACAUUACUAUUACCAAACAUCCAUUGCCUAUGUAUGACUUUGAACUUUCAUUACAAUGAUUUUUAAGACACAUAACAUUAUAUAAUGAAAUAGUUUGUUUAUGUUUUUCUCCUUUUAUUACUGGAGUACCCAGUGUUGCUAUAGAUAACUACAUGCCGGUGAAUAUUUCUCUCCUUCUAUUACUCCAGUAUCCAGUGUUGGCUAUAGAUAACUACAUGCCGAUUGUGGACCCUUUCUCAGGACUACACUUUGGACAGCUCAAAGUAGUGUUAGCAAUGGGUUCUGAGCCACAGGUAAAUAAAACAAAAUUAACAAUAAAACUGCAUGUUUCUUGAUCCAGGGAGGAAUCUCAAGAAAUAGAUUAGUGUUUUUUCUAUCGAGAUCACUUAAUUUUGUCAAGAUUUCUUAUUUCAAAGUUCGCAAGAGUUUUUCUUGGCUACUUUAGGUCAAAUAAAAUAAAUAGUUUAAGAAAGUUUUAAAAAGUUAACAAAACCCUUUGAGAUUUGUUCUCCGAAGACAACUUAUUUAAAUCAAGUUUCUGGCUCAACCUUUCUUGAUAAAUUAGUUAAGAUAUUAAAAUCUUUCCCGUUAGAUUGCGACAUUGCAGAGAUUAGCCCUUGACUUCUCUGGUACGGAGACUGUCCCACAGAAGCCAUCAGCAUAUCUUGAAAGACAAGACUUAAUGAAUGGAGCAUCUCCAAUGUCAGGAAAAGCUGGUAUGUUUGUUUGAGGCAUUCCACAUUUCCCAGAAUAAUUAUAAACCCAUAAAGGCCAUUGAAAUGAGAAGGAUCCCCAUGAAGAAAAAUGUGAAGAAGCCGCACUGUUUACCAUCAAAGAGGGCUUCAAAUAUGCAAUUGUGUGACGUAAAUGCGGCUCCUGUUAUACAGGUGAAAGUGAUAGAAGAUCACCAGAUAGGUUGACUGAACAUCUUUGUGAAGAUCACCAGAUAGGUUGACUGAACAUCUUUGUGAAGAUCACCAGAUAGGUUGACUGAACAUCUUUGUGAUAUGAUAUUGAACAGGGUAAACUUUCCCCCCGAUCUCAUCCUAUUUCAACGGAGAUAAACAUAAAGGGACAUUAGAAGUAUCCAUCACAGCACUGAUUUCCUGUACCAACACACCAGAGAGGGUUAGAAGGGAAAACAAAUUAAUUAAGUGCAAUAUCACAUAUAGAAUUAACCAAAUACUCUACUAAUGAUAUUCAAUUUCCCUGUAUUUUUUUUCUUAUAUUUGAUAAAUAUUCAAUUUUUUUUCGUUAAGAUCCUAUUUUUUACACUAAUUCUUUCAGUUCCUGUAAUCUUUGUUUUGAAAAAUGCAACUCCGGCAAUAACAAUGGCGACCACUUGAGUUUUUAACUAGUUCCUUUUUUUUGGUCGAAUUUUCAGUUGUCCUGUCCGCUGAAGAAGGCUCUGAGCCAAAACAUCCCUAUUUUUUGUCCUGUCUUUUCAUUCAAGCUUCCACAUGACUUGUUCCACAUGACUUGUUCCACAUGACUUGUUCCACAUGACUUGUUCCACAUGACUUGUUCCGCAUGACUUGUUCCGCAUGACUUGUUCCGCUAUUCCCUUUAAUGUUCAACAAUGAAAAAAAAAGUUUAAAUCUCAAUAUUGAUAAUAGAAAUGAUUUUUCUUGACGAUGUCACCUCUUGUUAGUGGCUCUGUCAUCCUGUGAUAUUUCUGGGGAAUGUUUAAUACAUUGUCUUUAAAAAUAAAGUUUUGAGCAGUGGAAUAGACAAUAUAUCUAAACUAUAAGAUGACAUCCUCAAAAUUUUACAGAAAUUUUUUAUUUUUUUCUGAUAUACAAGCUUAGAAGUACUUAAAUGAUUGUAAGCUUUAAAGUAGAGCUAGGAAAUGGCCUUAAAUAUAUACAGUUAUCACUGGGAAAAAUAAGUAGCCUUAAAUUGAAACAGUUAUCACCAGGCAAAAUAACUAAAAUACAUUUAUUACAAGUCAGUUCAUGAGAUAUUGAUUGACUAACCUGCUAAUAUUGAUUAUUGAUUUGUAUUGGCUGUCAUAAAAUACAGUUGAUCAUCAGUUUGAGAUCAUCAUUGAAGGCGUCAGGGAGCUGAAAUUAUUUGAAAACAUGAUGUGGGGAGAAGCUGAUUGUUUUGUUCAGUUUUUCUUUCCUGCUGAGAGUGACGGCAGAGAUGACGGCAUGGCCUCAGUUAAAUGUGAGUAGUUUGUAGCAUUGUUUUGGUUGAAAUCACUUAUGUUGUGUCAUUGUUAAGGUUAAACUCACUUAUGUUGUAUCAUUGUUAUAUACUUGGAAAUAAAAGCUGUUUUGUGUAGUAUAGGUAAAAUGAACUCUCCAAAAUUUUGUGACCACAGCUAUUCCAACAAUGAAAUGUUUUCGCACUGCUACAACACUGUGCAUUCCUGAUCCAACGUUCCAUGACUCGUCCAGGCACAAGCUCACCCUACCAUUUGGGACUCCGGUCCAGAGAGAGCUGCUUACAGGUAAGAAUAUACGUGAUAAAAUUUGAUAACAUUAGCUCUAACUUUAGUGGCGCAAAGUUUGAGAUUCAUUUUUCUCAGUAAGCCAAAUUACUCACAUAAUAAAGCUCACUUCAAAGCUAACUAUGGUAGACUAUGGCAGACUAUGGUAGACUAGACUAUGGUAGUGAAACAAAAAAAAAAUGAAAUUCAACAAGCUUUUAAGUCAAAGUAUCCUUACACAUUUAUCUCAUUUUGAAUUCAUUAGCAUGUGCCAAUUCUGGUGGUGGUGUGAGUGGUCUUCCAUUUGAAGUAUGGUGUCGCUACUAUCAUCCUAAUGUUAGAGAUCAGCUCAUUGCAAAGGUUUGUCUGCAGAAAAUAUUUUAUCUUAAAAUUUUUAAUUUUUGUAAGUAAAUUGUAAUUUAAAGAAAGCUAUGUAGCAGGAACUCAUUACCGAGACUUCAAUUUUCCUAUUCCUUAGAGUGCACUGCCACUGGCCAAGGUCUGUGCAAUGAUAACAAUGCACAAGAGGGGAGAACCCUGCAUCCAAUCUUUUUCACUAAGGCUGACACCAGUUGGUGUUGAUGGCCACCAGGAAGACACGGAAGCUGCUGCUAAAGUAAGCUAACUAUCAAAUGAUCAUGAGAUUGGUCAACUAGAUUUGAAAUGUUAAAAGGUCAACUUGUGUCAUUGCUAGAAAUAUCUUAGGGUUUGGGGUCUGGGUUUUGGAGACAAAUUUGUAUUUAACAACCCAUCCUUCCACCAAAUUUGUAUUUAACAACCCAUCCUUCCACCAAAUUUGUAUUUAACAACCCAUCCUUCCACCAAAUUUGUAUUUAACAACCCACCCUUCCACCAAAUUUGUAUUUAACAACCCAUCCUUCCACCAAAUUUGUAUUUAACAACCCAUCCUUCCACCAAAUUUGUAUUUAACAACCCAUCCUUCCACCAAAUUUGUAUUUAACAACCCACCCUUCCACCAAAUUUGUAUUUAACAACCCAUCCUUCCACCAAAUUUGUAUUUAACAACCCAUCCUUCCACCAAAUUUGUAUUUAACAACCCAUCCUUCCACCAAAUUUGUAUUUAACAACCCACCCUUCCACCAAAUUUGUAUUUAACAACCCAUCCUUCCACCAAAUUUGUAUUUAACAACCCAUCCUUCCACCAAAUUUGUAUUUAACAACCCACCCUUCCACCAAAUUUGUAUUUAACAACCCAGCCUUCCACCAAAUUUGUAUUUAACAACCCACCCUUCCACCAAAUUUGUAUUUCAUUUUAGUCUUCAGUAUUUUCUGUUCUGUUCGUAGGACUCAUAUUUUAAACAAAGCUUAUUUUAACAAUUAGCAAUUAGAUGCAGUUUUUAUCAGUGGCUUUGGUGUUGAAGAAAGCAAGAAGUGGAGUAGCAAGUAUUGUAACCAGCUUUAUUGCUCAAAUAAUCAGCGAUUGCUAAUUUUAAAUUUAAAAAAAAUUAUUAGACACAUUGAAAGCAACAUGACACAUCUAUCAUUUAUUAUAAGCUGACUACAUUGGUUAGGUUGGCUACAUUGACCAGGAGAGAAAAUGUAACCACUAAAUCAUGGAUUAAUGUUACUUUUGUCAUUUUUUAGAGCAAAUCUGUUGGUGUACUAGACCUGACAGUGAACUACAAAGCCCUUCCUGCCCAGGUAUGCUGUUACAAAAUAGAACAUCGGAUAUCAUUUAUUGUUAGUUGGUUAAAAAUUAUAUGUUGAUUCAAAAAUCUUUGCCAUAUUUAAAAAUUAAAGUUGUUUAAUAACUUAACCUUCCGGCGGGCGUGCUCUUUUUACAACGAGACCAGGCGCAGACUAUCAAUUUGCUAUCGCUUAUGAGUGACUGGUUAAAUUAGUUUAUUUUAUUGAAAUUUUGUCACACAAUUUACUUUUUUCAAUAAUUUAACCAGCAAAAAAUGUAAAAUUCAUCCCCAAUAAUUAUUUUUUAAAAUUUCCUCGAUACCCUUGAGAUUAUUAAAAUCAAACAUUUUCCUAACACCCGCCAUGCUACACAGCAGAAGUAACCUGAAGUAUAUAAGGAUCUGUAUAGAUAUCUCAUUUUGGCGUAAUGUUUCAAUACGAUUUUUACAAAUUAAGAAUAAAUUUAUGUAUCGGUAUGUAUACUAAUAUGAAAAAGUAAUUUCCCAGAGAAAAAAAAAAAAAAGAAUUGUCAAACUUAAAAAAAGUAAUAUACAAAGGUGCGGUGAAUCAAUUUGAACAAAAUGGCAAAAAUUGUAUAGAUAUCUCAUUUUGGCGUAAUGUUUCAAUAAGAUUUUUAAAAAUUAAGAAUAAAUUUAUGUAUCGGUAUGUAUACAAAUAUGAAAAAGUAAUUUCCCAGAGAAAAAAAAAAAAAAGAAUUGUCAAACUUCAAAAAAGUAAUGUGCAAAGGUGCGGUGUAUCAAUUUGAACAAAAUGGCGAAAAUCUACACUCUAAAAACGUUUUCUGCACACUGAAUGGCCUUGGCCUACAAAGGAAAUGAAAACAUAGAGCUACUGAUAAGCAGAGCUCGCUGUCAUCUCUCACUAACGUGUGUGAAACAAAAACGGUUGGCUUGUAUCGAUCUGAUCAAACGCGCCAGACUGAAGGUUAAUGAAUAAGUACAUAAUAAUAAAAUCCAAGUUAAACCAUAAUUCUAAAUGUUUUCAUCAGUCUGAAUCUGCCAAGAUGGCUGUCAAUAAAAACUUUGAUGGCUCCCAAGUUUGCUUAUCUCUAGGUGUUGUCAAAGCCGCAGGACUUAAGGUAACCAAUUGCACCACAAAGCUUUUAGUAUUCACAACUCAUUCUUAUACUGUUUUGAAAUAAGUCUACAACUAUUAACAUCAACUGAUAUUUUUAGCAUGUUGUAUGAAAUGAAAUUAACAAUAUAUUAAGUAUAAGAGUGUUGGACUGUGAUAGAGCUUUCAACAUUUCAAUAAUGCUAACCAUAAUGGAAUAUUAGACAUUGCAGUUUCUGGUAUAUUAUAUGUGAAUAUAGACCGGAUAGAAUUUAUAUGGAGAAUAAAUUUAAAACAAGAUUUGGUACGUUGACUCCAUACUGUUCAAACCAAAUUCAGAAUUUUACAUAAUUGCCAUGUCUUUUUUCCUGUUUGGUUUUAAAAUUUUACUUCCACUCACUUCCUUUCCAUUCUUCCUGUUUGGUUUUAAAACUUUACUUCCACUCCCUUCCUUUCCAUUCUUCUGAACUUUGUUUUUGUCAGGGGUUUGGGUCCACUCUUAUUCUUUUCUCUCAUUUUUAGGUAGAUACUUAAAUGAAAAUAUGUUUGUUUGUUGGUGCUGAUGAAGGCAUUUGCCAAAACGUUAACAUCUGUGUUCUGUACGAUCAUUUUUAAAGCUGAAAUUUUAUUGUUUUAUUGACGCAAAUUGUUUGUGUCUAAUUAAUCUUUAUGAAAUGAAAAUAAUGAUCUGAAGAAUGUGCCAUAAAAUUACACAACCAGCUUGUUAAGGUUUCAGACAUCAACGCCAUCCCCAAUGUUGAGGCCAAUCAUUGUUCUAUGUUGAGGCUAAUCAUUGUUCUAUGUUGAGGCUAAUCAUCUGUUAUAUGUUGAGGCUAAUCAUUGUUCUAUGUUGAGGCUAAUUAUUGUUCUAUGUUGAGGCUAAUUAUUCUUCUACUCUCCAAGGCUGCUGCUGACUACAUGGCUCAGUUAGAUUCUUCCAUGGCCUACCCAGCUGAUGUAGGAGUCAACAGUUAUGUCAGGAUUAAAAUCUCUUUCUUAGGGAACGAGGUGAGACAUCUGGGCUCUUAAAAUAUGAGCAUGAUUUAUUGAUGACUAAUAUUAACCAAUUAUCUCUUUUUUUUAUAUAAUUUAAACAAAAAUUUACUCAACACAUAAGCAUUGCAAUUAUAAAACAAUUCUGCCUGUAAUUAAAUAAAAUGUGCAGGUUUUGUCAUAGUAUAAUAAAUGUCUUUUAUUCAGUCAUUCGUUUUGAUCUCACUACUUAUCUUACAUUCAGUCAUUAGUUUUGGUUUCACCACUUAUCUUACAUUCAUUCAAUUAGUUUUGGUUUCACCACUUAUCUUACAUUCAUUCAAUUAGUUUUGGUUUCACCACUUAUCUUACAUUCAUUCAUUAGUUUUGGUUUCACCACUCAUCUUACAUUCAGUCAUUAGUUUUUAUUUCACUACUUAUCUUACAUUAAACAUUAGAUUUGAUUUCACCACUCAUCGUACAUUCAGUAAUUAGUUAUUGUUUCACCACUUAUCUUACUUCCAGCAUGAAAGGAUAACCAAGACAGUGGCCAGAACUUUUACUCCAGAAUAUUCUCACUACAUGGACUUCCCCUGCCCGUUGCUGAUGUCUGAUAUUAGUUCAAUUGACGCCACCAGCCUGGCUGAGCUCCUGGAGUCGGCAGAAGUUGUCUUUGAGGUCUGGCAUCAGAUACCUUCCGGCCUUCAUAAAGGUGAACCAUCAGUCAUGCAGUAAUUUAUUUUUAUUUUUAACAUUUUUUAAAAUACUGGUUACUGUGCAUUAUUUCCUAGAUUACAUAAGCUCAACUCAAGUAUUCAUGUAUUGUCCAUGACAUUGUUGCGUGUGUGUCUGCGUGUGGGGGGAGGGGGGGUGUUAUUACAGUCCUGCAUGCAACAAAUGAAUUUCUAUUUAGUGUAUGUCUGUGUGUGUGGUGGAGGAAAUAAAUAAAAAAGUUUCUGUGAUUUUUCCAUGAUUAAAAAAAUUGUGGUGUCUUAUGUUAUAAAUUGAAACACCACUUAUUUGUUUAGACAUUAAAAUACACUUAUAGUUUAAUGAAGGGAACUCAUGAAGCUUCAACAAUGAUUCCCAUGAACAGAUUUCCUGGUUGACAAGAGCACAAGUGGAGUAGCUGUUAGAAAGUUGGCUCAUCAAACAGGAGAUGUGCUGCUAGGGACUUGCAUUGUGCCACUCAAUUCUCUGCUCAUCAGGCGAACAGGUUAGCCAUAGUGCAGUGGUGGACAUUGUGUUCAGCAGCAUUUGUUUACAAUAAACUGUUAACAUUAUAAAUAGUGCUAAGUCAUUUAUUUAAGGGCAAGGGUGGCUUUCAAUGGCAAGGGUUGCUUUCAAUGGCAAGGGUUGCUUUCAAUGGCAAGGGUGGCUUUCAAUGGCAAGGGUGGCUUUCAAUGGCAAGGGUGGCUUUCAAUGGCAAGGGUGGCUUUUAAUGGUAAGGGUUGCUUUUAAUGGCAAGUGUGGCUUUCAAUUUCAGGGUGGCUUUCAAUGGCAAGGGUGGCUUUCAAUGGCAAGGGUGGCUGUUUAUGGCAAGGGUGGCUUUUACUUUUACAGCUGUUGUAUAUUUGAUUAUAUUCUGAUGAUUAUCUCAAAACUCUUAACUCUUAUAUUGUGAAAGGCAAAUUUUGUUUUGUAUGUAUUCACAAUUAGACCUGAGCCCCCUCUGCUUGUAUUCACAUUUAGAUCAGUGCCUCCUCAGCUUAUAUUCAUAUUUAGACCAGUGCCACCAUGCAUGUAUUCACAUUUAGACUAGUGCCCCCUAUGCUUGUAUUCACAUUUAGACCAGUGCAUCCUCUGUUGCAUUCUUCUCAAUGUUAAGUUUUUCUAUGGUUGGAUCCGAGAUAACUUAGUCCAUUCUUUACACACAAGUCAUUACUUUGGAUGUUUUAAGUCUUCUUUUAUAGUACAAUAACGAGUCUAAGAACUAUUUAAUUGCUGAAUACAUUAUCUGUUUGUCUUUGUAUGUAGGUGUCAAUGGAUGGUUCCCCAUCAAUUUGCCAUCACUGGGCUGGGCCAAGCCUGUAGAUGUAGAUGGACAUCCCACUACUGCAUUAGACCAGGUAACAAAAUAGAAAAACAGUUUAUUGAAUUAAGAAAUAUACAUCCUGGUUCACUAGUAAAUUGACUCUUAUUCCUUAACAUUUAACAAAAUGACUAAGUUUCAAUGAUAUUUAUAUUGAAUUUGUAAGGUUUGAUUGGGCUAACAUAAACCUUUGUAACAAUGCCUUUAAUUUUAAUUGCAUCAUUUUGUGGUUUUUCAUUUGUAAGGUUGCCGGAGGCCUUGAAUUAUCCGUGAGAUUUGCACACCAAGAUGAUAGAGAUAGAGUGAUCAGUGCAGGCAAAGCCGUGGGCUGGUCACCUAUUGAUCUUGAUGUGGAACAGACUGACUGGCAAGAUGAAGGUAAGACAAUCAGCCAGUAGGAGAUCCUAAUAAUAAAAAUAAUGAUUCUGUUAAAAGUCCAUGUGCGGCUCCCUAAACACACACACCUCUCUCUCUCUCUCUCCCCCCCUGUAAUGAAAAUCUGCAACAUUUUUCAACUGACAAAAUACACUUUGUAAAGGAAGAGUUUAAUCACAUCUUAUUCUUCACCUCUUGUUAUAUCUAUUGUGGAUAUGCAAGACAGGAGUUCCUUUUAAAAAAAGUUUAAAUCAUAUUAAAUCAGAUGAACCAGUUUGACCAACACCAAUGGAAUCAUGAAUGCCUCUGAGCUAUUUUGUUAUUCCCACAAAUGCUGUUAAUGAAACAUCACAAUGUAGGCCAUUACAUAAUGAUUUUGUUUUGGGGGGGUUGGUGGUUAAGUCAUGACUUUGAAACAUCACCAUGUAGGCCGUGACAUAAUGAUUUUGUUUUGGGGGGGUUGGUGGUUAAGUCAUGACUUUUAAAUGUGUCAUGAAACUUUGAUGUCCACAGAUAGCCACCAUAAUAUACACACCAUAACUGUUAGCGUCGACCAGGUCUCAUUCCCUAUGACCAGUGCAUUAAUUACCGGCCAUACAGUAGUGGAUCCAUCCGUCAGAUGUUACGUGAGGUACAAGUUCUAUGACAAAGGUCGGUUUUCAUUUCAACGAGUCCAAUUAAUUAAAAACAAAUUCAUUCUUAAUGUAUUUAAUCUACGUUUUCUUAAAUUAUGUUGAAAAUGUUACUUAUUGUAAUGUGUAUUUAUUAUCAAAAUUUAAACAAAUUGAAUGCUUCAGUGCAAUGAGAAAGAUCUCUGUGUAUGUAUGGUCAAUGGUUCUUUGUUUGCUGACUAACAUUACCAUGUUUCCAGGGGCCGUUGUGUCAAAGAGCAGGAAGUUACACGUGUCAGAUACAGGGAACCUUCUCUGUUCACUGGGCCACAAGCAGACUUUUACGUUGUCUCAUACAGCACCACUACAGUGGUGAGUUAUUAUUAGGUUGUCUCAUACAGCACUAUUAGGCACUUUGUGGGCUCAUUGGUAAGGGUACUUAUACCUUGUAAACAAUCAGGUAUAUUAUUUACAAUAUCAAAGAAAUUUUGACCAACCUGCUUAUUACUCUGGUGACCAUUUUUUAAUGUAAUUUAAGGUUAAUAUCUGAUUUUUUCCGCAGGUAUCUGAGAGAAGAGAGGCUGGAGGUUCAGACGUGGGUGACCUACGGGAGAGGGCAGGAGGGAGAUAAAAAGCCGAGGCAAAGAGAUAAGCUUAUUGGAAGCUGUUACCUGGACAUGGAGUCAUUAACUGAUAUGAGACGAGGACAGCAGAGAAUUAGGUGCACAGUUUAACUGACUUUUCAUUACAUCAAUUAUAUAUGUGUUUUUACCAGAUAUGUUAUUAAAUUCACAUUGAAAGCUUAUUUCAUUUAAGACCACUUUUUCUCUAGUGGGUUUUUUGUCAAAUGUAUUAAUAUUUUUAUGUACCUGAUGAUUACAAUCUGUUAAAAACUGGCAUCCCAUUAUUCUUGUAACUAACUCAUCCCAGUGCUAAUAUUUGGGUUCUUAUUAUGGUUUCCAAUGUACAUCUGCAGUGGAUUGUUCCCCUUGUUUAAGCCGGGGUCCAACAACUUGAAGUCGGCUUUCAUUAGAGCUCACAUGACCGCCAGGGUCAGCGGCAGCGCCAGGGAAGUGGUAAGCUAUAACUGUGGACUGAACAGUCUAAAAAUAAACACUCACUUAAGUGCUAUAUCAUUUGAUCGGUUGACGUUUUAGAACGACGUAUAAAAGAAUCCGGGGGAAUCUUUUCUCAGUAAAUUAAAGGAAUCUCUGCUCUAGUUGUUUGAUCCCCUGCUCUUGUUUUUAUAAAUUUUUCUUGAAGAGGCAAAGUGCAUUGUUCCUUAUGGUCCUGGCAGCUAGCCACAUCUGCUGAACUGUGCCAUAUGACAUCCACAUAAUGUAAGGCAACCCCCUCUUGUCUCCAGAUUGGGGUACUUGGUCAGCAUAUGAGUUACCAUUUCUGUUGCAUGGGAGCAAUGUCAUAUGACAUCCACAUAAUGUAAGGCAACCCCCUCUUGUCUCCAGUUUGGGGUACUUGGUCAGCAUAUGAGUUACCAUUUCUGUUGCAUGGGAGCAAUGUCAGUAUAUUGUUUAAUUUUUUUGUCUCUGUUUCUGUGAGUCAAGUUAAACUGACUGGCUACUGGACAAUGUUCCAUUCUCAUCAGGGACACCAUUUGCUGUUUUAGUUCCCAGCAGAGGAAUGUUGUCUGAUCUCACCAUCUUAGCUUACACCUUUCUAGCCUUAAUGCUGUGCCCCCACUAGCCAAACAACAGUUUUCUAUAAGGCUCUUCUGCCGUGCUCUAACAUCCUAUUUGGUCACUGGUAUGUCUGAUUGUUGUUGGGUGGCCCCGUUAGGUGACUGGCAUGUCUGAAUGUUGCUGGAUGGCCCUGUUUGGUCAGUGGUAUGUCUGAUUGUUGCUGGAUGGCCACCACUUUAGGUUUGCUUGCUUGUAGAUUUUAUUUUUAAAAUCAAUAAUUUAUAAUUGUUUUUAAAUUCUUUUAUCAACUACUUACCAGCUUGUUAUCCAACUGUCCUAACUUUUAUUCAGAAAAUUUGGGUUUCAACCAAAAAAGACAUAAAGAAUUGAUUUUCAAAACUUCAAAUCUCCAUGUCAAAAGCAUUGUAAUUACUUUUAUUUGUGACAUAAUCUUUAAAUAACUCUUAAAAUCUAUUUUUUUUUAAAUUUUAAACUCCAGGAAUCUGAGACGAACAAGACGAGCAACAGUUUAGAUGUGUCCGAGUCAACAUCUGAAAUGGAUCAGUCAGACGGUGGACGUGACUGGAUAGGGGAGUUCACCAUAGACAAGUCUCCGAAGAAAGGACGAAGAGGGCAUGACGCCAAAGAUCCUGUGUCCAGUUUCGGUGUUUUGUUGGCAGUUGAGAGGGCCAUGCACUUACCUUUGGUUACUGAUAAAAAUAGGUGAGGGAGUUAACAUUGGUACAACUGUUAAAAUAGGUGAGGAAGUUAACAUUGGUACAACUGUUAAAAUAGGUGAGGAAGUUUACAUUGGUACAACUGUUAAAAUAGGUGAGGAAGUUAACAUUGGUACAAUCGUUUAAAUAGGUGAGGGAGUUAACCCACAAACUGUGGCAUGCAUCAUUCUGUGGUGUGGAGCUUUUUCAGAGCGUUUCGAGUGCCAUUUGAAAUUGCAUUAAAUGACAGAAAUAUUAAUACAAGACCCCUAGAAGUAUAUAUUUUUAGAAAGCUAAAUGGACGGGGAUAAAGUUGACCAUAUUGCCCACCCCAUAAAAAAAAUUUUGCUCAGUGUCCUUGACCUUGGAGUUCUCAAGAAAAAGAAAAUCAACAAAAUGUCUUGCUUUCAAGUGCUCAUAGCAUCAUUAAUUUUUAUAGAUACACUUAAAACACAAGUCUAAAUGUUGUAGCCAAUUCAUUUGUUUUUAAGAAAAUGUAUAGUUUGCAAAGGUUUUGAUUACAAUUAAGCCUCUGAAAGCAAUUUUAGUAAUUGUAGGUCAUUUAUUACUGAAAAAAAUAAGAAACUGGGACCACAGCUAAAACCAAGUACAACAUACAAAAUCUCAGGCAAAAUAGUUAUUAAUGACUAGUAAACAUUUAAAAAGGAACCGUGGAACUGAUUUGGGUUGUUUAAGUAUAAAAUUGUUUAGUUCUGAACUAUAAUCUGUAGCUUCCAUGACUAAAAUUCAGUCAGUCCUUACCCAGCCUCUAGGCCUGGCUCGAAGUCUAACAGUAGCCUCAGUAGGCCUACUUCAGUAUCACUAAGACUAGUAUAAAAUUCAGGAGAACAAUAAUCUCAACUGAUAUCGUCAAGGAGAAUGUUAAAAUCAUCAUCAGUAAUCACUUAAAACCUCUCCUAAAAAGCUUUCAAACAUAUUUCUAUUAGUUCUUGCACUGAAUGACCCCGGCCAUGGCUUCAACCAUUUUAACUUUAAAAAAAACAGCGUUAUAAAACUCCCAUUAAAAAGUAUUUAUUUUCAAGUUAUCACCAAACAGCUUGAACGGGAAGAUGAUUUAAUUAUUAAUAAAAGGACGUGGCUAUAAUUCCGGUUAAAUGUUGGAUUGGAAGUUGCUUUCGGACCUUGUUUUUUAUCGGCCACCACAGUACAGAACGAUCGGCCGACCACAGUUCGUGGGUUAACAUUGGUACAAUUUUUUAAAUAAGUGAGGGAGUUAACAUUGGUACAAUUUUUUAAAUAGCUGCUGUCAUACUCUUUCAUGUUCGCUUCAAAAUGUCAAGUAACAUAAAGCUUCAAAUCAGAGAUGGAGAAGUAUUUGUCAUAUUUUGAUUUUAUUAUUGGGCCAUUGCUACAAUAAUAAUUUUAAUUACUAAGACUGACAUGCGCCUGAGCAUUCUUUAUUUUUUAUUAUUCUCUGCCGUUUGUAGAUCGGGUGAGAUUUGUCCGACGACGUACGUGUCCUAUCAGAGUGUUGAGAGAUCUAAGCCGACGUGCAGCGCCAUCUUUCCCAACUCGACCAAUCCAGUCUGGGACUAUGCUGCGGAGACCAGACUCAGCACCGACUACUUGUAUAAGGAAAAUAAGGUGAGCUCAACGGGUGGACAUUUCAGAUUUCAGCCCAGUUAAACAGUCUUGUAUGGACACUUAGGAAAACUACUUACCAGCUUUUCAUCCUACUGUCAUCUAUUACCCAAGUUAGUAAUGUUCAGAUUUGAACAUACCUUGUUAACAUUUGUCUACCUGGUUUGUGUGACAGGAUGUUAUGUUUAUUGUUGUGCAUUCACCAGUUGUCUAUUACCGAGUUUGUGUGACAGGAUGUUAUGUUUAUUGUUAUGCAUUCACCAGUUGUCUAUUACAAUUCUGUGACUCAGUAUAUUUGCUUUUGAAAAAAAUCUUUCCUUGAUUCUUUGUUUGACCACUCUAGAAUCUUGUGCUGAAAGUCUGGCACAAACCAUCAGAUGCUUCCAAGAUACCAGGUACGUGUCUCACCUCUGUUUCCAGUUAGUUUUAUUUUAAUGACUCCUAAUUUUUAUAUCAUAAAAGAUAAAAACCAAAUUCUUGUACCAUUUUAUGCAGAAGCUUCGGCAAAAUUAUUUUUCUAAAUGCUAUCUUAAGACUAACACCCCACCUCCAAUCUGUCUUUUGUCAUUGCCUACAAUGGUGCUAAUAAUAUAGCUAUUAUUCUUCAAUAUUUGUAAAGGAAUGCACCAUUUCUAGGCUGAUUAUAUGAUUCUGUUUACAGACAAGGCAAGUGAUCGUGUACUUGGCUUUGUGUCUGUUGAUUUGACUUCACUUGUGAAAGGUUUACGACAGAUAUGUGGCUGGUACAAUAUUAUGGAUUUCAACGGCCAGUGCAGGGGACAGGUCAAGGUAAUAUAGUUGAAGAGUGCCUGGUUAAGAAGACAAGUUGAACACAAUUUUAGUUCAUGGUCCCCUUGACAUAGUUAAUGCAGCAAUAAGUACCAAUUUUCAACAGAUAAGCUGAGAUUAAUUGUAAUUUACUAAAUGGCUGAACUGAUAAAGAUUUGGCUGUUGCUUAAUAUUUGUAUAGUUUAUUACAGUUAUUUUCAUAAGGGACAGUACUCUUUGUUUAUUAGGUAAAUAGAUAACAUUGUUUGAUUCCAUGAGAAGCCCGAUGUUAUGUCUGUUGAGAUUAUCAUGUCAUCUCUGUUCAUCUGGCAGGUCAGCGUGACACCGCAGGAUCUACCAUCAAGUGGGCCUGGCUCAAGUUUUAUGGUCAGUUCUAACAUUUUGUUUGUAUCUGUUUUCUGAUACCGGUACUUGAUAAUUGCUUUAAAUUUGCAUAAAAUUUUUGUAUAUAUGCACUAUUUUGUGUGUGUUUUCUUAUUUGACAUUUUGUUCAAAAUUGAAAGUUGUGACAAGUCUUCAAACAAAAAUUGCAUGAAAUGUAUGAAUGAAAAUUUGACAAGAAUUGGAUCUUGUGAACUGAGUAUUAGACAUGGCCAGACAUACAAUUGUUAAACUACAAUGGAAUGUUAGAUUCUAACCCCAUCAUUACCAAUGUAUGGGUCGGUGAUGUCUUCCAGGGAGACAAAUGUCCAUAAUUUUAACAAGAAAUUUCCAGUUGUCAUAAUAAAACCAUAGCUUUAGUUAAAAUGUAAUAUAUUCUGUGGAUGUUAGAUUUAAAUUUGAUCUGUAGCCCUUGUCUGUUUCAUCAGCUGCCCAGUUUCAGCUUUUCAAACGUGGGCACCACAACAAGAGAUGUUGCCUCUGGCAUUGCCCACCAGCUUAUGAGUCUCCAGCAGCAGGUAUUACAGAGAAUGGGCUCUCUCAC